ACUCACGCUAUUCGUGCAAGCAGAAGUUUUGCAUUUUUUGCAAAACUCUCAAAACUAAUUUAGCACGUCAUUUUGAAAUUUGUCACUCAGAAGAGGCAGAAGUAAGAAAAUUCUUAAGUUUCAAUAAAGGGUAGUCCUGAACGUUGCGAAAUUAUAGCAAAUCUACGAAAAAGUGGCAAUUAUAAUUACAACAAGAGCAAUAAAGAGAAUCCCAUUCUUAUCAGACGAGUGCAAAAAGGUUCACGAGACUCUUUACCAUGCCCUAAUUGCAAAGGAUUUUAUUCACAGAUAACACUAUCUCGUCAUUAUGCCUACUGCUGCAAAGAUCUGAAAGAUAAAAAUGCUAGUAGAUCUGUUUUAAGAGCUGCUCGUGCCAUGGUUAGUAAAAUUCAUCCGGCGGCAUGUUUGCAACUAAAAGAGAAAAUUUUGCCGCCAAUGAAACAGAAUAUAAUAUUGGAUACUGUCAAAAAAGAUAUGCUGUUAAUUUUGAUUGGCAAUUAUUUAGUCCCCAAAUAUAGAGAACACCAGGAGUAUAUGAUACGGAACAAAUUGAGGUUUCUAGCGACAUAUUUUUUAACUGUGAAAAAAAUUGAUAAUAGCAUUGACGAAUUUCAUAAGUUGUUCUACCCUCAACAUUUUGAUUUGGCACUUGAAGCAGUAAAACAGAUGGGAGAAAUUGAUAAUAAUUCAUCAGUGUACAGUAAAUCAACAUCCGCAUUGACCAUAACACAUUAUCUAAAAAUUUGUUGUAAUAUUUUGCAAAGUCAUUAUAUUCGAGGAGGAGACGAUGGAAACGAACAAGCUGUUAAAAGAUUUUUUAAACUCCUGAAAACAGAAGUUCCUGGUAAAAUAAAUAAACCAGCCCAUAGAGAUCUGUGUGAAAUGAAAAGAAAAAAAAUGAUGACGAAAAGAAGUAUCAUUCCAACGACAAAAAAUGUUGAAAAUUUUAAAAUUUACAUUUUAAAAAAUGCAGCAAAAACUUACAAGACUCAUGACUGAAGAAUUUUCUUUUACACACUGGAAGACUUUAGCGGAACUCACACUGAUGUAUAUCAGUGUUUAUAAUAGAAAACGAGCUGGUGAAGCCCAAAGAAUACUUGUGGAGGAUUUUCGAAAUAUACAGACUUUGCGUGAUACAGUACUCCCAGAACUGCUCAACAAUUUAGGUGACAAUAGAAUAAAGAAGUUGAUUGCACAUACAAAUUAAUGAUCAGAGGAAAACUUCACAGAACGGUGGCAGUUAUAAUUCCCCAUUAUAUAAAGAAAUAUUUAACAUUUAUUAAUGACUAUAGAAGUCAGGCUGGAGUAUCGGACGAUAACCCUUAUAUCUUUGGCUUGCCGGGGAAAAUGGUAGGACAGCGAUACAGAACUUUAGAAACGUGUCGAAUAAUUAGAAAGUAUACAGCUAUGGCAAAAUUACAAAAUCCAUGUUCUAUAAGAACAACCCUUCUACGAAAACAGUUUGCAACAAAGACCUCAACAAUGAACCUUCAGGAUCAUCAAAAAGAAACCGUCGUUAAUUUUAUGGGUCAUCAACGAAAUAUACACGACGAGUAUUACAGGCAGCAGAUAGUUGUAGGUGAUUUAAUGAUAAAGAAAAUCUUAGAUCAAGAAAGCUAAAUGACCAUGGACGAAAUUUGUGAAAGAAAUGAAGACAAAACUAUUGAUCCAGAUAUAGAACGACCUCUUGUCACAAAUUGUUCUGUUAGGACUUGCACUGAAGUUGGGAAUUUAACUCCUCCGCCAAGUACCAGUCAGGAACCAGUUUUUACGACUCCAAAAAGUAAAAUAAAAGUUGUUAGAAAAUUUAAUUAUUCUCCAUCAUCCGAACCAUACAGCGGUGGAAGUAGUGAUGUGUGGGACCCCGGAAAUGUUUCCCACAUUCAAAAAACCCUUGGUCCAAUGACUACAAAACGCCGUGUGUGGUUGACACCAAAAAAGUCGACAGCAAAAGUUCUGUUUAAAAACUGCAUAGAAAAAUUAACAGUACCUAGUCUGGCAGAAUGUUCAGAAGCUAUUGCUCACUCAAAAACUCUGCAAACCCGAACGGCGCAGCAAGUAAGGCAGUGGGUGCAACACUAUAUUAAAACCAAUUACUUGAAAUGUGAUACUGCAAAAAUUCGACGUCCCUGGAGUACACCAGAAAAGCAGCUUGUUCGUAAAGCUUUUGGCACCUACAUUGCGGAAAAAUUGUAUCCAUCAGGAUUUGAAAUAAGCGAAUUAAUUAAAAAACAUCCCAUCCUCAGAAGGCGCUCCACAGCUUCUAUAAAAAGUUUUCUGCAACAUGAAAGAUCAAAAAUGUAAUCAUUGUGUUUGCUUAUAUGUACCCGUAAUAAAUAAUUAUAAAUAAAGAU